AGGUCCCGCGGCAUGACGAUUUCGCGCGAAAUGCUGACUAAGAGAAAAGAAAAGUAAAAAAGUAAGGGAAAUAUAUGAAUUGUCAACAUGUGUUUUGUGCAUUUGGAUUGCCGGGAAAACUGAGCUAGAUUUUGAAAUAGAAGAAUUAUGGAAGACGAUAUCAAUGUAGCAACACUACUCGAGACACUAGAAGUAAAAUCAAAAGAAGGAAAGGAUGGUGUUUAUCUACAACUAGCUAAUCAGUUGAAGGAGUAUAGUGUAAGCUUAGUUAGCCUGGAUGUUGCCAAGAAUUCCAAGAAAUUGUGUGAUUUACUGAAGGAGGAUUUGCAAAACAACCACCUUGAUCCAAAUGGGCUCCAGAUCCUGGGAUUCUGCCUGCACGACAGAGAGGCUGUGGGAAAUCUGUCCGCGGACUUCUGUCAAGGAAUUUUAUCCUUUUUGUGUGAUUGUGUGGAGAAAACAGAGGACAAAAAUGUCUGUGCUAAAUGCUUGUGGUGCCUUCAUCAGCAAAACAUUGCAAAGGACAUCGUUAGUCAACAGGUGGAGUCCAUACUGACAGUAGUGGAACAAGGGAUACAGAGGUGGAAAAUGCAGUCAUCGAUGGUGGAGCACGAAGCCUCACAAGUCAUUUAUCGGUUGUUAAAGGACUACAGAAGGGAAAUGGAGAGUCACGCUCUCAGAUGGGGGAAGCUCCUACUUCCUCUUAUGGCACACAGAGCCAUUAAAAUCCAUGAAAGAGCUUUAGAGGUGGUCAAGGCAGAGUUUUCUGCCGUUCUCAUUCACCAGAGGGAGCUAUCUCAGGCUCUAAUUCCAGAGUUUAAACUGAGAGUUGGUUCUGAUUUGAAAUGGUUUUUCACAUGCCAAGAGGAAAUCCAUGCUUUGGAAUGCUGGGAAAUAUAUGUACAGAUUUGUGGAAAGGAGCUACAUCAUGGAAGUUUCAUAAACAUGCUGUUACCUAUUAUGGAGCUGGCUUUUAAGGGUUCCAAUGAGGUCAAGGUUCGAGCUUUUCAAGCCUGGCAGGUUCUUAUAGACAAUUUUGCCACCAACCACGAUAUUUUGACCUGUCCCAAGAGAAUUAAACUGGUAAUGCAGGUUCUGAAAUCGAACAAUGCGAAGACAGAAGCUGUUGCCAUGGCAAAAUUGGAUGUAUGGUGGCAUUUUAUCUGGUUACUUGGAUCAAAGGCUUCGGCGAGUUUUGAGCAGGUGUGUUUGCCUCUAAUACAAUUUUGUGUGGGAGGAUCUAAAGGUGGUGGAGGCCUAGGAACACCAAGGACACUGACUAAUGGUACAAGUCCAAGGACCCCCAGGAUGAACUUAAGUGGGGGGAAUUCUAUCGGGACAGCAUAUCUGAAAAUUCCCAGUCUGCAGCUAAAAGGAUGCGAGGUGUUGGCCCAUUUCCUGGGAGGCUUGACUGACGAUGUUGAUGUUCCCAAGCACUCCUUCUCUCUGGAUCCUCUGACUUACGAAAUAAUAACUGGGCCAGCGUUUUUCGUCAAGCAGUCUGGUGUAUUUGUUCAGUAUGCUUGUGAGCUCAUAUGUGAUCUCGGAUCCCAGAUUCCAGAGGGCCUGUUGCUGAGAAUCUGGUUUUCGCUCAUUGCCCACAUGAAGAAUGGUCUGGACAGUGGAACAAGAGGAGAGAUGAAAGACACUGUUACAACAUUCCUGACCCAGUUCCAGAUUCUGGUUCUGAGUCAGACUCUGACACCCAAAAUCAUCCUGAAACUGUUCAAUGCCGUGUGUUGCAUACCCAGCAAGGCCCUCAUCUCCACAGCAUACAAUGUCAACUGCGGAGAAAAACUUCAUGGUACUCCAGCACUUUUCCUUCUGCAGCUGUUGUUGACUCCAAACUUACUAAAAGACUGCUCAUCCUUAGAGAGCUAUACUGCUUUAUACAGUAAGCUUGUAAACAUUGGUAUUGGAGGCACGGGAUCCCUAGAAUUUGCUCAGUCAGUGUUACACCUGCUGGACAUUAGUGCCGAGUUUGUGGGCAGUCCCGAGUUGCUAUGGAGACUAUGGAGUACAGUGGUUAAUCCGCUACACCAGCUUGUUCAGAAGACAAAUGAAGUGAACCAGGGUGAUGCAUUGGAGCACAACUUCAGCUGUUUGUAUGCUGUCCUCCUGUUUCCCAUUAAACAUCAACUCCCAGCGAAAAUGCCACAGAUGACAGUGAAAACGUUGCAGAAGACCUGGUCUGAGAUCUACCAAACAUUUGCCAGGUUAUCUGCCCUUGUUACAAAUGCCGAGGCCAAUGUCUGCUGCGAAGAUUUGUGUCAUCAGAUCAAUAAGUGUCUGAAAGACGCACAUUCGAUGAGCCUACAUGAACUAGAUUUUCUGAGCCAGACUUGUCAGACAAUGCUGGGGGCAUUUGACUUCUCUUCUCUCGGUGCAAGCUGUACUUUUAGCAUCAGCAGUAUGCAUGCAAGUCCAGCGAAGUGGGCAAAGAGGAAGCAGAAACCGAUGGAAAAUUUACAUUCCUGUGUUGUGUUAAUUCAGAAACUGUUAGAGACGUUAAAUAUUUGUAUAAAAAGUGCAGAUAAGAAGGGAACCAGUGCCUCUGUGUCCCCACAGGGACCAGCCAAUGGAUUGGUGGACUGUCUUUGUUCGAUCUUUUCACAUAUUUCAUCAUCCAAUGUGUUAGGUGCUGUGAUUGGUCACUUAUCUCAGCCAAUAGGAGACUUGUAUCAAGAAUCCAUCAGAAAGACAUGUGCCAAACUGUUUAGCAAUACCUUUAUGCAAAAGUUGGAGAAGUUGUGGCACGAUAUCUGUACCUCGCUGCAGACCCGUCACUCAGGAAUGUACGACUCAGAAUUUCUGUCCAAGUUAUCUCCCCUACUAGAGGCCACCUUCGUACAUCCUCGCCGUGCCAUCAAGAACCAGACCAGCUUACUAUGGAGCGGUACAUUUACCAGUGCUUCCCACCUUGUGUAUCCAGUCACUUUGAGGCCUAUUCUAGCCAAGGUAAAGGAGAAAUCUACAAUCAUCUUACCUGGUUGGGUGUCUAUACCAGUGACCGUGGUGGAAGAAACACCAGCCAGCCAGAUGAGUCAGGCAGAUUCUCAGGCUCCCGAGCCACAUCUUCCUGGAAUGCCAUCGCCAAGAAAAAUCCAUGGCAGUUUACUGAACAAGACAGUGUCUCCAAACCCCAAAAAAUCUCCAGCCCGUCCAGCAGAAAAGGUGACCAGGUCACCAGUAGCGGUCAGGAAAAAUCUGUCUGUUAAUGAACUGCAGAAAGAGGAUUUUGUUGUGAUCAAGUCACCGCUUAGAAAGAAAAGAAUUCUCACUGAGCAUCAGAAGGAGGUUUUAAAAGAAAAGAGAGUUAUCCCAACCAUGUACAACACGCUUGAUAACUCCCAAGAUGCAUCACUGAUGUUUGGAGCCGACUCGCAGUUUGGGUCAGACACCCAGUCUGAGCCACUGACACCCACAGUGGAUUCAGUCAUUGUCAUUGACUCCAGUUUCUCACAGCAUUUGUCACAGAAAAAAGACAAAUCUAUAAAGAGAGCUGCCAGAAAAUCCUCCUCAGAGGCCAGUGAUAAGGAAGAUUCCCAGAAUUCACAGAAAGAGGGCGCUGGUAGCAGAAGGAGGCGUUCCGUCCGGUUCAAAGACACAGUGGAGGAGGCGUUUAAGGUGCCGGUGGAGAAACAUGCAGAAAAGGGGCCGGAAGAGAACGGUGCAGAAAAGACACCCAGUCAAGAGGAGUUUGAAGCUGCCUGGGACCAAACCCUGUCCAAAAUGGUGGACGAAGUUGAGAAAAACAGUAUAGAUCACUUCAGUGUAAUAAAAUGCACUAUGAGCAGCUCUCAGCAGCAAGGAAAGUCUUCUGGUGAAAAUACCACCACCGGUUCUGAAGAUGCACCACCAUUAAGUAAUACCCAGACAAAGUUAGCAGACAAUGUGCUGAUCAAUGAAACAAGUAAUAAGGCAAAUAGCGUUGGUAGUGAUGAGAAGGAAACUGGAUCCUCCAAGUCCUCUUUGUUUUCUUCUGGUGACGGAUACGUGGCCCCCCAGAAUGUAAUGGAGGCUGUGGAGAUAGAAUGUUUGACUUACAAAUCAACCUCGUCUAGUGGGGAGGACAAAGCAGAAGGAAAAGCAGAGACCAAAGAAAAAGAAGAAAAGAGGACAUCGCAAUCCUUGCAGACUUGGACCAGUCAACUUAACCAGACAUCACCAAGGAAGGUUAACUCUUCAGUGAAAAAACUCAGCCAGGAAAGUAGUGAGAGUUCUCCGGCUAGGGCAUCUAGGCGUUUUGCAUCUCCAGCUAAAAGGGGACGUGGCAAAAACUUGGAAAAUUACAGCAAGGGCUUUCACAAAAUUGACGAGUGGUUGAUCAAAUCUCCAGAAAAAAGUUCUCAAGAAAGUGAGAUAUCAUCACAAGGGUCUGACAAGUUAUCUGGGACCUCAUCCAGUGAAAGUCAGGCUGUAGAAGUUACAGUGGUGGAAGAGACACAGUCUCCAAAGAGCAUGAGAAUGCGAGUGUCACCCAACUCGCAGCCAAUUCAAGAAACGCCUCCACCACCAACCAACAAAGAGGCAGUCAAGUUUGGUAAUACCAGAGGCAGCACAAGAAAAUUGUUUACCAAGGGGACAGAUGCCCCGAGUUUGGAUCAGUGUGAGGAUUCUAACAUUAUUCCAGGAUCUCCGGAAUCCACAUCCAGUUCUCUCUUUAUCGGAGUAGGAACUCCAGUUCUGAAGUUGAAAAGACUGACCAAUAAAGAAAUAAAACAUUUUAGCCCUCACAAAAAGGAUGUUAAUAUCCUACAUGAGGAAAGACGACCCCAAAGCAGUGCAGUUGAAGUGGACUCACAAAGCUCAAAUCAUGAGCAUGAUGACUUCUCAGACGUCUUGCCUUUAGAUGCUAUUCCAUUGUCAUCAUCUCAGGGAUUUGAAACCCAGGAUAAAGAAAAAGAAAGGGUUGAUCAAUUAGGUGACAAACUGAUGACUAGCACUGAAAACUUGUUCUCUCAGAAUGAAAAUUUGUCUCAGGAAAAUUCAGUAUAUGACCCCCAACUACAAUCUACCUUUAAGCCUAACUGUGAGGGCAAAGAUGUACUGGGAACAGAAAAUUUGAUAUUAAGUCAACAUUCGGACAAAUCGAGCAUUAGUGAAAAGGAGUCACAAUUAGAAGAGGCAAAACCAGAGGAAUCUGCACCAUUUUAUGAUCCAAAGUUGGAGUCCACUCUUCCCCAAGACACACCAAGGAGAGGUAGGAAGAGAAAACAGGAAGCCCCUAAGAAACUGUCGCCAGAGAGCAGUCGACCAAAGCGAACCCGACAAAGCAAGAUAGACAAUGUAAAAACACCAAGAGGGAAAGUCAGGGAGGUUAAGAAAGGGAGCAGUAAAGGUAAAACCGCAGAGAAGAAACAGAAAGAUGGGGUCAAUCCCGGACAGAAGACGGACCGUGGUGAGGAUUUCUUUCCAGUGGAUUCUCAGCAACAUGGGGAAGAAAACUCGAAAGUGAAGAUGAUUGUGGAAAUAACAAAUCAGACAUCUAUUUCAGACAAUAUGGACACGGAGAAAGACAAUGACGUUACGUGUGAUGAGAGACAGCUAGACUCCGAAGGAUUCUUUUUGGAGAAAACAGAAGAGAAAAUUCCUGAGGCAGCGUCAUGCCAGAAGUUGGAUGAGUCGCAUCAGAAAUUGGAUGAGGUCUGUCAGAAGUCGGAUGAGUCAAGUCAGGAGUCAGAUGAGUCAAGUCAGAAGUUGGAUGAGUCGAGUCAGAAGUCGGAUGAGUCAAGUCAGAAGUCCGAUGAGUCAGGUCAGAAGUCCGAUGAGUCAAGUCAGAAGUCCGAUGAGUCAAGUCAGAAGUUAAGUGAGAAGAAAAAGUCUGAAUGUCUUGGUACUAUAACUGCUGAAGAAAAGGGGGAAAAAACACCCUCCAGUCGGAGUAUUGGAGAUGUUCCACUGAGAAAAAGCACAACAAAGAAGAAGAUUGAAGUGGCAAAGAAACGAUCACAGAAGAAGGGGAAGAGUGAUUCUGAUGAACAAGUCACAUCAGAUUGUUCAGAAGAUGAUUUACCAUUAGCACAAACUAUAAAACAGUCGGCCAAGUCUAAAGGCAAACUGGAGAACAAGAUGGAUGCUAUAAAUCUCAAGCUAGGAAGUGUGACAGAUGCGUGUGAAGAAAAUGAAGCCAAAAUCUUGAAUGAUUCUGAUGAUAAAAUCCCUUUGAAUAAUUUAUGCAGUAGUAAUGAGGAUCUGGAGAAGACAGAUGGUGUGAAGGAGAACAUUGAAGAUGACAUGGAAGAAGAAAAAUUGAUAACUAGUGUGGAUGGCAAUGAUAAAGAGAGUGUUUCAGAGGAAAGGGAUUCUGUCACUGAUGGAAGUGCAAAGAAAAAGUCUAAGAAAAGGAUUUUGCCAGCAAAGAAUUCUCCACUGUCUAAUAGAUUGAGGUCUUCACAAGGAACAUUAAGAAGCGGGAAACCCACACGCAGAUCCUUGUCCCCGAGGCAGAGUCCGAAGUCAAUCUCUGUAAAGAAACCCACACGGAGAUCUCUGUCUCCAAGGCAGAGUCCGAAGUCGCUCUCAUUAAAGAAAACUCUCAAGCGGAAAAGUCUUGAUGCAAGUCUCCUCUCUGUUGUGAUUGAAGACUCUGAGGAACCAGAAGGGAAACAUCUUAAAGACCCUCAACAGGAUGACACAAACGAGGUGUCUGAGGUGGAGUUAUCAGAGAAAACGGGAGGGAAGGAGAGCGAAACAGCUGAAGACAUUGAUAUGUUGAAUGAUCCAAAAAGAGUCAUGUUAGAUGAAACUCCCAAAAAGAUUCCUGAGAUGGGGUCAGAUGGAGGUCAAUUUGGAAUCUUUGAAAGACACACAGACAGUAAACUCGUUAUUGUGCCCAGAAAGUUUGAAAAGAGAGGUAUUGCUCGUCGAAGCAUUCUAAAACCAUCAAGUCCACGUUCGAAUUUAAAAAAUUCUCCUCUGAAAACGGCAACUACCUUCCAUCCUAUCAAACUGGGACAAAUAUAUGCACCCUCUGCUUCACCAAGUGCUAGUAUCCUGAAGCGAAGAAGGCUGAGUGGGGAAAUAGCCACCAACUCUCCCUCUCCUCCUGGCAAGAAGAAGCAGAGACGAGUGUCGUUUGCUAACACUGUGACUUUUUCACCUCUGUCAUCAGCAUCCUCGUCUCCAGUGACCAAGACAGACUUCAACAGUAAAAGCUGUUUAUUUACAGAAUCGUCACCAGCUAUUGUGACAAGCAGUGAAAUGAGUCAGACUGGGACCCAGGAGUCUCCUAUGCUUUCCACACAGGGCAGCUAUGUCAGCAUUACAGAAUCCCAGAUCACCAGUGACCCAGUCUACCCCGAGUUAGUGGACUGUUCUCAGACCGUGGAGAAAGUCCUGCCUCAGCUGACCACCUCCAUGUGGUCACGAGGUCUUGGACAGUUGGUGAAGGCUAGAAACAUCCACACCAUUGGCGACUUGUCUCGACUGUCAGAACAAGAAAUUGACAACCUGCCUAUCAAAUCUCCAAAAGUCUCCACAGUCAGGAAAGUCCUUAAAACAUUUAAAAACCAGCAGGGAAAUAGGAAAGUCCAAACCAGCACGACGGACAUGAAAGAUAGAUGUGAGGACAGUCCUCCUAUCACCGAAAGCAACACCACCACUGGAGAUGGGAUAGAAGUGCUGCCAUCUAUGGAGGAAGAGCUACAUGAAUGUGGAUUAUCUCCCAUUAAGAAAAAUGAGAAUGAAGAUAUGAACAGAAGUAUAGCUGAAGAAAUGAACAGCUCACAAGAUCUCUUGGACAAAGUGAAUAUGUUGGUGUCUGGUGAACACGAGAAUUCGCAUGGCUUCAUUCCGAGCUGCACAGAUCCGGAAUUUGUUGUGGAGUCCAUAUCUGGAAAAUCAAAGUCCUCCAUAACGGAGAAUCUAGAUCAAAUUAUGACCUUGUUAUCUUUGGAGUCGCUAAAGACUCUGAGAACCGACGAAUUGUUUGAUGCUCAUCAAAAACUUUUGAGUCUGGCAAACACUGUGGCAACUGCCAUGAAAACACGAUGCUGUUCUCCGGACAAAAGUUGAUAAAUGUACUUUCUGAUUAAAAGUAUAUACCUGUACUUUCUGAUAUAAAGUAUAUACCUGUACAUGUAUUUACACAAGGCUGUUCAGGACCCACAUUUUAACAUAUUUAUAAAGUGUUACACUUCAGAUAACUUUCAUGUAAUGAAUCCAUGUAAAGAAAAAAAAAAAAAAAAGAAAGAAAAUUAUGCAAAAAGGAUAGAAAACAGAUGGUGCAUGAGCGUUAACUGAAAUUAUGUAGAUUCACUGCCAUUGCAAUGUGUACUGAAGAAUGGAAGUGUGGAGAUACAAAUUGUAUGCCUAGUGUACCCUGAUGAACAUUUUUGUUCUUGGUAGAAAGGUUUAUUUGUCUGAACUAUCACAAUGUUCUGAACAGUUUUAAAAGUGCAUUGUAUCAUACAUGUAUUUUAGUUUGUAAUUUCAGUUUAUGCAGGAAAAGUUUUGUAUGUAAUUUGUAUGGGGUAUUUAAAAUACAUGUAGAUAGAUAUUUACAUAAUCUUUUAGAAUGGAAAUAUUCUUCUACAAUAGCUAUUUAAUGAAUUUUUUAAAAGCUUUAUUGUAAUGACAAUGUAUUCUGUUGAAAAUGAGUAAAAUGAUGUACCGAG